AUGUCGCCCACCUACACAAUGUCUGCACACCUGUGCAAGCAAAUCUACUCCUCCUGGCGCCAGGCCCGCCAGACCUCUCCCGAACCAAACCCCCUGCCGUCGCCGUCUGCAGUCCUCAACAACCAGUACACUACCGCCACCUCCUACUUCCAAAGGGCGUCGUCUCCAAACGCCAGUGAGAAGCGCUCUAUGGACAGCGAUCGCAGCGAGACGCCCGCGACUCGGCAGUCGUCUCCUGCCGCGGGGUCGAAUCAGAACCAGAACUGGCGAUGGGGGUCGCGCUGA